AUGGAUAUAAAAGGGGGUCCUCGCUCUCUCCUGGAAAUGGCGCUCAGUGUAGCCAUAGACAACAUUCACCUCAUAGAUGACAUGGGUGAUCUUCCGGAACAGUACAGUCAACAACUCCUUCGACACGUCAAAUCCGCUGCUCGCCUCAGAGAAAUCGAACUCAAUAGCCCUCAUCUGGAUACAACUGAACACUGGCAGCGACUCAUUCGCCAGGACUUCCGCCUCCUACAAGAGAAGCACAAAUUUGUUCCAAAGAACCCAAAAUCUUGGCACAAAGUCUACAUCAAGUACAAGGGCAUCCAGGACGAACAAAUCCAAAACGCCACCAAGCGACUAGAGGAGCAACUAGCUGCCCAUCACAAACAGGAGCAAAAAUCAACCACUCCGAUCAUCUCCGGUGAGGAGGCUCUUAGAAUGGCUUCCAGACGCCGCAGAUCUUUCGACAAAGAUGGCGAGAAAAAGAAGAAGUCCGUCUUGGAAGAGAUCAGGAAGGCGGCUAAGAAAGAGGCCAGAAUCUUCCGUGUCAAGAGGCCUGACAUUCCUCCCACCAGGUUGAACAGUGCCCCGAUCAGCAUGAUUAACCAACAGAUAAGGAAGACCUAUUAUGCCGAGCCGCCGGUCUCUGCAGACUCUUCCAAGCCUCAAAAAAUUAUCGCCCCUAGGACGCUGUCUGGGAAGCCCAACUCCCGGAUGAGUCAAAAGCCACAAGCCAACAACGGGGCGAUCACCAUCUGCAUCUUUAGCGACGACGAAGAUGAUGAGGCAGGUAAGGCUGGUGGCGGCAGCCUCUUCUCCGACGAUGGGGACGACGAGGAUGACCUGUUCGGCGACAAGUUCGUGAACAGCCAUUCUCUCUCGAAGCCCACGAGCCUGCCAGCCAAAGAGGGCGCAUCCCGUUCGGGAACCUCGUCAGCUGCCGCCCCGGCAGCCAUCAUACCGUCUUGUCCCCCGGCUUCGAGCCUCCAGAACGGGCGGCCCAAAAAGUCGGCUGGGGCAACGGCAGCCAAGUACCAGCCCACGGGCCUACUGGCCGCCAAGUUCCGGCGCAAGCGCCCGUCUGCCUCGUCCGGCGCCGGCGCCUGCGGAAGCACCGUCGUCCGCAAGACGGUGGCUGCCUCACCACCCGCCGCUAUCCCCUCCGCACAGCGCCCUUCAACUUCGUCUGCCGCAGGCGAUGGCAGUAGCCUACGUCCAAGCCAAUCAACAUCCGUGUUUCCCUCGCCACCACCCCCCUCCCCGGCGUCGGCUGUCCCCAGUCCGAACGGGCAGCCGACCCUCAAGCACCAUCAAGAUAACGCCGUGAUGUUGAAGCCGCCAUCGAAAAGGCCUCGUUUUGAGUAG